AUGGCUAGUGCCAGUCCAUCAAUUACUGCCAACACUAUUGCUCUGUCACCGCUGUCGUACGCUGGCACACUCAAUGGUUGUGCUGGCGAAGCCUGCAAUCAACAGUUGAGGCAGCCGGACGCCGUUUUUUCCUUUCUCGCUGCAGACGAGGCCACCAUGCUACAGGUGGUCAAGCCCGUGGCAAAGGCGAUCUUCAAAUGCGUCGAUGAUGUCAUCCUGCCGUACAAAGUUCGCGGAGAAGUUGCGAGCGCGAUACUGCAACUGACGUGCGAAGAAUACCUGAACUGCGCUGGUAAAAAUAUGGGGAAAAAAGCUACGAAGGAAGGCCGCAGUGAAGUCAUACUAUGCCUCAAAAAGUACGUGGAAGAGCAUCUUCCACCAGAUUUGCCGACAGGGGAUCAGCAUCAGCCGCGCGAGCUGGUGGCUCCAAUGUUGGUUCACGGGAAUAUCGCCAUUUGA